GGCGGGGGCUACUUCGCUUCGCCCCGGAGAUUCUGUGCGUCUGUGUGUGUGGUGUGUGCUGCGAGCCCGCGCCGGCCUCCGAACGGAAGACAUUGACCCUCUGCGUGGAACGCGCGCGCUUGUGAAGCCGACCAGUUCAAACAAGUGGAAACAUGCGUGAGGUGAUCUCGAUUCACAUUGGACAGGCCGGCGUUCAGAUCGGUAACGCUUGCUGGGAGUUGUACUGCUUGGAACAUGGAAUCCAACCCGAUGGUCAGAUGCCGUCGGAUAAGUCGCUUGGCGGAUGUGAUGACUCUUUUUCCACGUUUUUCUCCGAAACCGGCAGCGGUCGCCAUGUGCCCCGCGCCGUGAUGAUCGACCUGGAGCCGACCGUCAUCGAUGAGAUCCGCACCGGCACCUACAGAUCGCUGUUCCAUCCCGAACAACUUAUCACUGGCAAAGAAGACGCAGCUAAUAACUAUGCUCGUGGACACUACACAAUCGGAAAGGAAAUCAUCGAUCUUACCUUGGAUCGCAUCAGACGCCUGGCAGACAACUGCACUGGACUUCAGGGAUUCCUCGUGUUCCAUUCGUUCGGUGGUGGCACUGGAUCUGGAUUUACAUCUCUGCUCAUGGAAAGGCUAUCGGUAGACUACGGCAAGAAGGCUAAACUGGAGUUUUCAGUCUAUCCAGCUCCACAGGUUUCAACAGCUGUUGUUGAGCCGUACAAUUCGAUUUUAACCACGCACACCACAUUGGAACAUUCGGAUUGCUCGUUUAUGGUCGAUAACGAAGCCAUCUAUGACAUCUGCAGGCGAAAUUUGGACAUUGAGCGACCUAGCUAUACCAAUCUAAACAGACUCAUCGGCCAAAUCGUAUCUUCUAUAACCGCAUCGCUGCGCUUCGAUGGUGCACUCAAUGUAGAUCUUACUGAGUUCCAGACAAAUCUUGUACCGUAUCCCCGUAUCCAUUUCCCGCUCGCCACAUUCUCGCCAGUGAUCUCUGCUGAAAAAGCUUACCAUGAGCAACUCUCCGUUGCUGAAAUUACUAACAUGUGUUUCGAACCACAUAACCAAAUGGUGAAAUGCGAUCCACGACAUGGCAAAUACAUGGCAGUUUGCCUUCUGUUCAGAGGUGACGUUGUACCAAAAGACGUAAAUGCCGCAAUUGCGACUAUCAAGACAAAGCGUUCCAUUCAGUUCGUUGACUGGUGCCCAACCGGAUUCAAGGUCGGAAUAAAUUAUCAACCACCUACUGUGGUGCCAGGUGGCGAUUUGGCUAAGGUACCAAGAGCCGUUUGCAUGCUCUCGAAUACGACCGCCAUCGCUGAAGCAUGGGCUCGACUCGACCAUAAAUUCGACUUGAUGUACGCGAAAAGGGCAUUUGUGCAUUGGUAUGUUGGCGAAGGAAUGGAGGAAGGAGAGUUUUCCGAGGCACGUGAGGACCUUGCAGCACUGGAGAAGGACUAUGAAGAGGUUGGUGUGGACUCUUUGGAGGACAACGGUGAAGAAGGAGACGAGUACUAAGAGAGCGACUGCUGCCCCGUCUAAGAUCCAAGUGGCUUUAUUUGUUUGUGUUGUGGUGUGUUGAACCGUUGCCGUUUCCGAUGUCCCCCGAAUCUCAUUGUGUCCUCGUUCAUUACUAGAAAAAGCUUUCUUGCUGCCUCGCUUUGCGCUUUUGUCUUACACUUCACGUACUACAUGGUUAUUUUGUGACAACGAUCGAUAAACAUUUUGUUGCCAAA